AUGACCAAAGUCAAACCCCACCAGCGCAAAAGAGCCUGGGCACCCAAGAGCCGGUCUGGCUGCCCCGUGAUUGCCAUCGGCACGAUCCGCGACUUCCGGGCUGACUCGACGUUCGUAGUGCGACGUGUAAAAUGUGACGAGACUGUGCCCAUCUGUUUAAAAUGCUCUCGGGGAGGCUUCAAAUGUGACGGAGUAUCAUUUGGCGCCGGCCGCGCGCAUCAUGAUGGGCUGGUGUUGAUACAGAACCCCUUAUCGUCUCUCGCGCUCCUCAGUUCUGGGGAGGAUGCCAGGGCUUUUGACUUCUUCCAGGCGAAUGGCAUUUCCAUGCUCUCCAACGGUUUCGGCUGCGAUUUCUGGGAGAGGCUCGUCAUCCAGACAGCCCACGCCAACCCCGGCAUCUUUCGCUCCAUUAUUGCCUUGAGCACCUUGCUGGAAGACUUUACGAAAUGGCAGAUGAAUUGGGGCGCGGGACUUCGGGCCCCUAUGAACGAGAAGACCAAGCUGGCACUUAAGCAUUACGGAUUGGCCUUGCGACAACUUUCAAGCCACCUCCAGGGGUCAGAGUCGAUGAAUGUCAUAUCGCUGACUUCGUGCCUGCUUUUCUCUUGCAUUGAGGCUCUUAUUGGAAACAUAGCAGGUUCAGCGAACCUGGCGAAUGUCGGGUUGAAGAUGCUAUGUCAAGCCGAAUCUGAAAACAUUGACAUCGAGUCACAUAGCCCUCUGCGAAGUUUUUGGUCGGUUUUCAUGCAAGCGGAUUCGCUUUUUGUUCAGAUGCAACGCAUUCGUGCACCAGAAUAUCAAGCACCUUUCAUUUCCCGACCUUUUCACACAAUGCCUUCCUCCUUCUCCAAUCUACGCGAGGCGACCUACUAUCUCAAUGCCUUGGUCAACAUGUCCAAGCGCCUGGGCAGCGCCACUGAGGAUCCCACUGCCAGGCCUCGAAACCUCGAAGCAUGCCGUGUGCUCUUUGUGCAGUGGAACUCUGCAUUCCAUCAGCUGGUGCAUCAUAUCAAGCCUGCGGAUGAGAGCGAGAGACGAAGGUUGUGCCUUUGUCAUGUUUGGAGGCUGGACACUCGCCUCACUUUAUACGGACCCCAAGAGGGAGCACCUGAAGUGGAGUGGGACAAGCACGAGCAGUCAUUCAGCGAGCUACUAAAGCAUGCCUCCACGCUUAGUAGGCUGGACUCUCAAACCCAUGACGACAAUUUGACGUCCUUUUCGCUAGGCGGCGGCAUCUUUUUCCCCAUUGCCGGACUCGGCUUCAGGUGUCGAGAUCCAAAGAUGCGCAGGGCUGCCAUCUCCCUCCUCUUCCGCCACUCUCAUGCCGAAGGGCCUCUCUUGGGACCAAUAGCCGCACGAUUCAUUCAGAAGGUUGUGGCCAUUGAGGAACAUGGUCUGGGCCAAGUGUUGACGAGCGCCGAUGUGCCUGAAUCGGCACGCGUAAACUCCUUCUCUGCACACCUCCGCGGCAAAGGGAAUGGGGCCGAGGUUUCAUACUCACGGCUGGAUCCGGACACCGGGGCUCGAGUCACUGUGUAUGACGCCGUGUUAGGAGCGUCGGGCCUCCGAGCGGGUAUCGAGCAAUGCCGGGUCUCUCCAAACGACGACGUCGACGCCAUUGUCAUUAGCAUCUGA